AUGUUGCAGCCUGCCACCAGAACAGGUGACAGCCUGUUGGAAAUAUUACCUCACUGGAGUAAGCGUCCGAGAUGGGCCCUCUUCCUCGCCCUCUCCAUGGCUCUACUCUGGCUUCCAGGGGCAAUGGGAUCUACCCUAAACUGCCAUAACACGUGCAUCUGCGCCUCAAACAUAGUGAGCUGCUCAAAGGUGAAUCUUUCCACCGUCCCGACUGGGAUACCACACUACACUGCUGUGCUGGAUCUCAGCUAUAAUGAUAUAACGCGGCUGCGAUCCGAGUGGACCCCGGUCAAGCUCCCGAAGCUCCAUAACCUGCUCCUCAGCCACAAUGGUCUCCACUUCCUGUCCUCAGAGGCGUUCGUAUAUGUGAAGCACCUGCGCUACUUGGACCUGUCCUCCAACAACUUGCGGCAGCUGGAUGAGUUCAUCUUUGAGCCUUUGGUCAACCUGGAGGUCCUCCUGCUGUACCAUAACCAAAUUUCACAGAUUGACCGCUCAGCCUUUGUUGGCAUGAUCAACCUUCAGAAGCUCUACCUUAGCCAGAACCAAAUCUCCCGCUUACCCGUGGAGCUGGUCAAGGAAAAGUCCCGCCUGGAGAAACUUAGCCUCCUGGAUGUUUCCUCCAACAAGAUUAAGAUGUUGCCCAUUGAUGAGCUCCAGGUGCUGCCUGCUUGGCUUAAAAAUGGCCUCUACUUCCACAAUAACCCUCUGCUGUGUCACUGUGAUCUCUACACACUCCUAGCCCAUUGGUAUAUUCGAAAACUCAACUCUGCUUUGGACUUCAAAGAUGACUACAUGUGUAUUCUGCCUGGCCCGCAAAAGACACAAGUGGGUGUUUUUGAUCUCAGUGGUGACAGUAUGAACUGCAGCACAUUCAAGGAGGCAGAUGAAGAGGCUUUUCUGGAGCAAACACUCACCCUGGGCUGUGACACCAAACACAGAGACAUGUUAAAGACCUGGACGAUGCCUGGCAACGUGCAGGUGACACCUGGAACCAACCAGACAGCCAAAGUCUUGCCAGAUGGAAGUCUGCAGAUUAGUCCGGUGAGGUCUGAGGACUCUGGGACCUACACUUGCUUUGCGAUGAGCGAGGCAUUUAAUGAGACGAUCUAUGUGGUGCUGAAGGUUCACAACUUCACGAUGCACGGGGGCGGAGAGACCCUGAACACAGCAUACACCACCUUGGUUGGCUGCCUGGCCAGCGUGGUGCUGGUGCUCAUGUACCUUUACCUGACGCCGUGUCGCUGUUUCUGCUGCCCCAACAAGGGUAAGACUCGGGGUGAGGACAGCAUCCACUCCUCCAUGCUCAGUGUGACACCGACCCACGAGGACCCAGUGCUCAAGGCUGAGCUGAACAGGCACGUUGCAUUCAUAGACUCAAAGGACUUGCAGGGCCAGAACGGCAAGCUGAACCCCAAUGGGGAUGAGGAUGAUGAUGAUCUGGAUGCAGAGGCUGGUUCUCUUAUGAAGGGGAAGAGGAAGAAGUCAGUAGCAGAGUCCAUUAGCUCCGUCUUUUCAGACACUCCCAUGGUGGUCUGAGAUGAGACAAUGGAUGCCACAUGACUAGAUGUAUAUGGUACAACGUGAGCCAUGUUUUAGUUAACGUAAACUGUGACUGUGAGCUUGUGGGAGAAAACAGAGAAAGGAUGUUCAUCUGUAGUUGCUGGCAAGUGGAAAUGAGGAUCUCAAAGGGAGUAAAAAACAAACUGUCUUGUUGUCGACAAGGACAAUAAGCAGGACUUUUCCAGCAUUUUAAUCUGUAGCACUUAAUAUUCAUACUGUGAAGGAAUGGCAGCAUGCAUGGCAGUUGACAAUGGAAACUACUGACGUCUUAAGAGAAUAAAAGGUAGAUAAAUUGUGAAUAUCAGCACUCAGGAAGUGAUCAAUUAAAAUUGCUAACGUGUGGGAAAAACAUAUGAUAUAAUGCACAGAUUGAAAUUAGAUUUGAAAAAAAAAGGAGUUCACUUAUAGUAUAUAUUGAAACCACGGCUGGCUCAUAAUUAUAUUUAUUACGAGGACUAGAAUAGAUUGCAUCUUACGUAAACAUUAGACCAUAGAUACAUUUACCCCUUCUCUAUCAACACAGGGACAGAUUCUUAGAUAGACAAACCACUGUCACCAAUCUAUGAAUACAUGUGUCAUUAACCUUGAGAAAUCUAUAGAGAAACAUCAUGCCAUAAACCCACAUUAUAUGAGA